UCUUGGAGACUCCGCCUACUCGCGCUGAGACCUGAUCGUUCCUGCGCUGGCCGGGCACAACGCGUCUCCCGCGCUCUGUGCUGCAGGCAGAAGCUUUCACUCUUGAUAUUUUCAGAUCCGAGCUUUUAUUAACAUUAAAGAACAGUUUCAUCAUGAAGCUUUUGUUUCUCUUUGUCGCGACUUUGUCCAUUUUCGGAGAAAGCAAGUCUUCACCAUUGGGACAAGAUGGCAGAAAGGAAGACAUGCUUAUCCAGUGUUUGGUUAAGGUCCUUACUAAGGUGGUAUCCAAACCAGAUGGCACUUCUUGGCAACCAGAAUGUAAAGACAUUCUUCAAAAGCAAGGUUCUAGCCAAACACAGCUAGCAAAAACAAAUGAAGAAGAACUGCUUCCUGUAGAGCAAGAUGAGAAAAGGGAGUUCAAUGCCAGGGCACAAGAAAUCAUCAAUGAACUUCUCAAAGCACACGAGGAAAAGCAUGAAGAUAUAUAUGAAGAACGGAGCCAAGAGGAAUUUCCAAAUUAUAUUAAAAGACACCUUUUAACAAGUAAAGAAAAACGUGAAGAUCCAGACAAUGAAAGGAGCCAAGAGGAAUUCCCUCAAAAAAGACACAGUUUACUUUACACCAAGGAGAAGCGUUGGGAUGAAGACGAAGAACGAAGCCAAGAAGACUUUCCAACUUAUGAGCAGAAAAGGCACCUUUUCUUGAACAGCAAUGAAAAGCAGGACGAUCCCGACUAUGAUCGAAGCCAGGAAGACUUUCCAACUUAUGAGCAGAAAAGGCACAUUUUCUUCACCAGCAAAGAAAAGCGGGAUGAUCCUGACUAUGACCGAAGCCAGGAAGACUUUCCAACUUAUGAGCAGAAAAGGCACAUUUUCUUCACCAGCAAAGAAAAGCGGGAUGAUCCUGACUAUGACCGAAGCCAGGAAGACUUUCCAACUUAUGAGCAGAAAAGGCACAUUUUCUUUACCAGCAAAGAAAAGCGGGAUGAUCCUGACUAUGACCGAAGCCAGGAAGACUUUCCAAUUUAUGAGCAGAAAAGGCACAUUUUCUUCACCAGCAAAGAAAAGCGGGACGAUCCUGACUAUGACCGAAGCCAGGAAGAGUUCCCAAGCUACGUCUAUAAAAGGUACCAUGAUAAAAAUAGGGGAACAGAGAAGCAAAUUUGGAAACCUCAUAAAUACCAUUACAAUCAAUAUCAUGACUCAUCAAAUGAAGACAUUGGAUGGCUAAACUUCCAAGAGAAAAGGUUUAAAGCAGAGAGUGCAAAACAAUACUGGGAUCCAGUUCAACAAUACCACCACAAAAAACAACACAAACAUGAUGAGCCCUCUAAUGAAGAAAUGGAGAGUGAGAAGAGGGUCUCAUGGACCAGAGGGACAGAGGAAGGGUCAAAGGAUGGUGAAGCGAGGGAAAAAAGAAUCUGGAAGCCGAACUAUAACAACCACAUCAUGAACCUAUUUCACAAGCAAGGUAAAUUUGAAAAUGAAAAUGAUGCAAAUCUCCAACACUUUGAGACUUCCACACGCCGUUCACCUGAAGAAGAAGAGGAACAGCUAAUUGCCCAAGAGCUAAAUGAAAACAAGCACUAUAAUGACAACCAAGAAGAGCAGAAAAGGCACCACAGUGAUGCAGAAGAAAAGAAGCAGGAGGAAAAGUCAGAGCUAAGAGAACUGAUAAAAAAAAUAAACGAGCCGGAAGAACAUCUGUUGAAAGCGAAUGAGGUUUAUGACAAACGUAAUCCCUGGAUUAACCGAGGAUACCAUCAUCCAGCCUGGUAUAAGCGCAAUGCUGAGGUAAACGGCGAUCUUGAGGAGCUUGCCAAUGCCCUGCGAUACAAGUUGGCUCUUCUGUCUGAAAAACAGUCAACUGAAGGGGAUAAGGCUUUCCCUCACCAGAGGGCUCUUACACCAGACAAGCUGAAAGAACUUGAGAAACUUGCCUCUGCGGAACAACGAGCACAAAUGAACUAGCCUUGGCUAAAAGAUGAGAGAACCGACCAGACAAGCAACAUCUCGCACCCCUUUAUGAAUUUCCAGAAGAUUAGAAUGAUGCUGCUUUAGGAUUUAUUAAUGCACUCAACUGAAAACUGUGUUUGUUUAUAGCACUUUUUUAAUGUGAAAACAUGUUUGACAAUAAAGGCCUUAUAAUAGACACCUGCUUACCAAUAUACAGCCUAGAUAUUUAUUAGACUAAGCUUUAUCUGCAAGUGAAAAUUAUGAGAAAAAAAAAAAGCAUAAAAAAAAAAAAGAAUGCUCGUUAUUGGUCAUCCUGUGCACGUGUGAAAUAUAAUAAUAAAACCAAGCGCAUGCCCUCCUAUAUGUUUUUGCAAUGCUUGUAUGCAUCUAAUAAAAUAUGUUACAGUGGAACCUAAAA